UUUUCUUCUCAUUUUCUUUUUCUACCUCCAUUAGCAAUCUCUCUCUCUCUCUCUCUUUCUCUGUGUAUUUUCUCUUAGAGGAGAAGCAAAUGAGCCGCCUUGCGCCAUUAUCAGAAGAGCCCAUAAACGAGGAAGAAGACAACAGUACAGGUUCUUCAAAGAAAGCUCAUUCAUGGAAGAACUGGUUCAGGACCCACCUCUCUCUUGUCUUCAACAAGAAAUCUGACCUUAAGAUCCUCUUAAGCGUUCUGGGUUGCCCUCUUUUCCCUGUCUCAAUCCACCCUAAACCAGAAAUCAACGAGGUUUCGUCAUCAGCCCAGUACAUCAUCCAGCACUUCACAGCAGCUACAGGGUGCAGGAAACUAGAGGGGAGAGUGAAGAACAUCUUUGCAACAGGGAAGGUGACGAUGACAAUGGUGGAGGAACUUGGCGCCGGCUCAACCGGCUCGGCUGCCGGAGGAGCCACCGGAGUUUCUCAAAAGGGUUGCUUCGUAAUGUGGCAAAUGCUGCCAAACAAGUGGUUGAUUGAGCUGGUGGUUGGUGGCCACAAGGUGGUUGCUGGAAGUGAUGGCAACGUGGCUUGGCGCCACACGCCCUGGCUCGGAGCCCACGCUGCCAAAGGCGGCGUCCGUCCUCUGCGCCGAGCUCUCCAGGGACUCGAUCCUCUUGCAAUUUCGAGUGUAUUCUCGUCAGCACAGUACAUAGGUGAGAAGAAAAUGCAAGGCACAGAGUGUUUCGUCCUGAAAAUAUCAGCCAACCAGACGGACUUAGCCGAAAGAAGUGACAGCAUAGCAGAGAUGAUCAAACAUGUAAUGUUUGGCUAUUUUAGUCAAAGAAGUGGACUGCUAGUGUACUUAGAAGACUCAUAUUUAACAAGAAUUCAAUCACCAGGAUCUUACCCUACAUAUUGGGAGACCUCAAUGACCACCAAAAUACAGGAUUACACCCUUACAGAAGGAGUGAAGGUUGCUCAUUCUGGUCAUUCAAGUGUGUUCAUUACCAGAUUUGGUGACAAUUUGAAGUCAGGUCUUGCCGUGACUCGGAUGGAGGAGACUUGGGUCAUCGAUGAUGUUGCCUUUAAUGUUGCGGGAUUGUCAGAUGAUUGUUUCAUUCCGCCUACUGAAGUGCAGAGGAAUUUUUCUGAGGAGGAUGUUGAUUGGAAAUCGAGUAUAAACAAUUCUUGAUUACUGGAGUUAAAAAGAGUGUUUGAAUAUUUCAAGGAGAUAUAAACAUAUACAUAGCAUGUAUAUGGUGUUUCAAACUUAGUUGAUUACCCUGUUAAUUAUUUUUACCUGUAACCUUGAUUAGAAUGGGGGAUGCUUUAGUAAUUUUCAGUGUAUACAUAUGUGUGGGUAUAUGUAUGUGUAACAUAUGUAAUACAUUUUGUUUAGAAUAACUCACCAAAGAUCAGUGUA